AUGUUUUCGAGUAUAACUAGAUUGGCUUUUAGAAGACCAACUUUGGCCACUUCAUUGAUGACCAAACAAUUCAUUCCAGUGACACCAACCAUAACUAGACCAUUCACCACAUCUCCAAUUAUUUCAAAUAUUCAAACACCUUCAACUCAAACUUCAGAAAUAAUUACCGAAAAGAAGAAUAAAAAUAAUAAAAAUCAAGCUAAUGAAAAGAUAGUUUACUGGAAAUUAUACGCCACUUUCAACAGACAUAAUACUAGAUGUACAUUGGUUGCUGUUGUUGAAGAUUUGGAUUUCUUGGAAAAGAACAAAGAUAUGCCAUAUAAUGAUCAAGUCUUGUACUAUUUGCAAUUACCACAUAAAGUUAAGUACAGUAUUACUGCUGGUAAUUUGGGAUUCAGAAAAUCUCAAAGACAAGAAUAUGAAGCUGCUUUCCAAGUUUCAAGUAAAAUGUUUAAAACUAUUGAAGAAAGAAACCUUAUUGGACCACAUGAUAAAAUCGAAUUAGUCUUGAAGAAUUUCGGUAAAGGUAGAGAAGCUUUCCAAGCUGCUUUAUUGGGUAAAGAAGGUUCAAAGAUCAAGAAUAACAUUGUUAGAAUCAGUGAUGCUACUGUCUUGAGAUUUGGUGGUAACAGACCAAAGAAAUUACGUCGUUUGUAA